AUGGACUCUUCGGAAACCUUAAAAACAUUGCAGCCGCAAACGACGAUAUCUGACGGAUCAUCUCUGGAGAGUGCUUCUAUGGAAUGGGAUAAGCAGAGAAGCCUAUCGAUAUCCAAACUGUUCCCCCGCUCCUUUAUAAAAAGAAACACCUCUUCGGGUUUAGCAACAUCACCUUUGUCUCAGCAGGUUGUUCAGGGAGUGCAGUCCGGAAAGGUUGAUGAGGUAGUUGGGCCCGGUGGGGAGACAUUUCUAAGCAUCGAUAACAACUUAGAUGCAUUCAAAGACUCACAGGAUCAAUACCCGCAACAAUUACAACAGGACAAAGAUAAAGAAAAACAUCAACAGCAAAAAACGCAGCAACAGCAGCAAACUGACCGAAAUACCGCUUCUAGUACACCCCCCGGUGCACCUCCGUUAUCCAAGGAGAACGGUAAGUUGGCCUUCCGGUUUAAGAAUAUGUUCAAAAGCUCGAAAGAGAUAACUGGCGCUGACGCUGAGGAAGAUGAGAAUGCAAAAGGUUCUCGGAUGACUCCACCCCACAACAACCGUGUGUUUUCGGGCUCAAGGUAUUCACCAGAUGCUUCUGCAAACCGCGUUAGGUCACCUUCGACGCCAAUACUGUCGUCACACUCAGUUCCCUCAAGGCAUCACAACAAUACUAUUUCCCAUAUCAAUUCGACACCUAUGAAUUCCAAUAAUUUGCAAUCUCCUGUCUCCCCGAGCAGCAGCGCCGCUAGCGGUAGUAGCAGCACUCAGAAAACGAGGAGCACUCGAUCAAGUACAGUUCGUGGUGUAAACACUUGCUUUGUAUAUCAGCCUCCACCACCACACACUGUAGAACAAGAGAAUGGCCAAAAACUGCACGAUAAUGUUACUUCAUUUUUACUGACUCCUACGACGACUCAGUCUUCUAUGUAUUACAUGAAGGAAUCCAACAAUACUAGUGCGCUUUCUUUGAAUAACAUAAAGGAAAAUGAAGAAGUGCGAACCUUUAGUAAUGGUAACAGCAAUAACAACAGCAACAUGGUAUUGGCGUGCUCUACAGCCAAUGGAACUAGACAUAUGUCUGAUACGAAGAAUUCAGCCAAUGAUUCAGAUACGUCUGUAACAGAAUAUAACCCUCCUGAUCCUCCUACGCCUGUCAAAUCACCAAUAUUAAGAAGAGUUGCUUCGCAACCUAAGAGUAUUGAGAAAUUUGACUCAGCUAGUUCAUCUGGUGAACAGAUAGGAUCGCGGAUGCAUCAUUCUGCUCCUUCAACUGAUCAGCAUCUUCAGAUACCAACAUCAGCGUUACUAUCUGGCUCUGCAUCCGGUGUGACACUUUCAAACGGCGAAGCUACUUCAAGUUCAGCCAAACCUUUGACUCUUCUAAAAAGAUCCCAGAGGUUAAGAGCUAAAUCAUUUGGGAACAAGUUUCGGGAAGCAACCGUUGGACCCCAAUCAUUCGAAAAGAUUAGGUUGCUAGGUCAAGGUGAUGUCGGAAAAGUGUAUUUGGUUAGAGAGAAGAAGUCUGAUAGAUUAUACGCUUUAAAGAUAUUUGGUAAGGCUGAAAUGAUAAAAAGGAAGAAAAUCAAAAGAAUCCUAGCAGAGCAAGAGAUAUUAGCCACUAGCAAUCAUCCAUUCAUCGUCACUCUAUACCACUCAUUCCAGACAGAAGACUACUUGUACCUCUGUAUGGAAUAUUGCAUGGGAGGCGAAUUCUUUAGAGCUCUUCAAACAAGGAAGACCAAAUGCAUCAGUGAGGAUGAUGCCAGGUUUUACGCAAGCGAGGUCACUGCGGCAUUAGAAUAUCUACAUUUAAUGGGCUUCAUAUAUCGUGACUUAAAACCUGAAAACAUUCUCCUGCAUCAAUCGGGCCACAUUAUGCUAUCAGAUUUCGACUUGUCUGUCCAAGCAAAGGGCCCAAGGAACCCGCAAGUUAAAGGUAAUGCUCAAUCGUCACUUGUAGAUACUAAAAUUUGUUCUGAUGGUUUCAGGACAAAUUCGUUCGUUGGGACAGAAGAGUACAUUGCUCCAGAAGUGAUUAGGGGCAACGGUCACACUGCUUCUGUUGAUUGGUGGACUUUAGGUAUACUAACCUAUGAAAUGUUAUUUGGGUUCACACCAUUUAAAGGUGAAAAUACAAAUCAGACUUUUUCUAACAUUUUAAAGGUCGAAGCUACGUUCCCAAACAAUAACGAAAUUUCAAGGACCUGUAAAGAUUUAAUCAAGAAACUACUUAUUAAAAGUGAGACUAAACGUCUGGGCUCUAAAUUUGGAGCCAGUGAUAUUAAAAAACAUCCUUUCUUUAAAAACCUUCAAUGGUCUUUGUUAAGGAACCAAGAACCCCCAUUGAUACCUGUUUUGACUGAAGAUGGAUAUGACUUUGCUAAAUUAUCACACAAAAAAGAUAACAAGAAAGAGAAUAAAACUGAAUCAGCGCCGACAUGCUCUAUUCAAGCAGAAAAUAGCACCAUCUCUUCCAUUGACACAGCUGAAGAGCAAGAACGCAUUAUGUUUGAGGAAAAAGUAGAACACGAUGAUGCUGUGUCCGAUGACGAUCCUUUUCACAACUUCAACUCAAUGAGCUUGAUGCAACAAGACAACAACUCAUUAAUAUAUGGUGAUAACAAUUCUUAUGGAAAGAUCACAUAUACUCCGAACCAAAAUCGUUCACGGAGUAACAGCCAUAGAAGCUUUUUUAAGAGGUGA